UGAAUUUAAAGCUAUGUCUCAGCAAUUAAUAUAUUUGCAACAGCUAGAAAUGCCCGGCAUUAAUUAAUUUGUUUUCUUCAAAAGAAUUUUCAUCUGGAAUGAUUCGCUGAAUUUCUCUCUCUAUCUCUACAAUUUCUGUUUAACUCCUUUUUGUACAAAAUAUACAUAUAUACAUACAGAACUGAAGAACAGUAUACGUUUGUGAAGGGGCAUUAGUUCUUAAGUUAUCUGCGUACAGGGAAGAUGGUGAUGAGUUGGAGGAGAGUUUUCAAGUCCCUGCAAGCGGUGGUGGCUCAUGGGCUGCUUUUCUCUUUCACUUUGUUUCUUGGCCUCAAGCUUUGUCGUGCUGUUAACUACUCUUGGUGGUUGAUAUUUUCUCCUCUCUGGUUAUUUCAUGCAGUUGUGGCAAGGGGUAGAUUCUCCUUGCCUGCUCCAUCAAUGCCUCAUGGUCGCCACUGGGCACCAUUUCAUUCCAUCGUGGGUACUCCUUUGCUCGUUGCUUUUGAACUACUCCUUUGUGUGCAUCUUGAGAGAAGAUACGAUGUAAAUUUGAGGAUAGUAUUUCUGCCUUUGCUGGCAUUAGAAGCAACAAUUUUGGUUGAUAACGUUAGGAUGUGUAAGGCGCUUAUGCCUGGAGAGGAAGAAUGCGUCAGCGAUGAGGCUAUAUGGGAGAGUCUUCCGCACUUUUGGGUUGCAAUCUCUAUGGUCUUCUUCAUUGCUGCUACAACAUUUACACUUCUGAAGCUAAGCGGUAAAUUCAACUUGUAACCAUCUUGAGACUUCUCAGUAUAUAUUUGAUUCUGUUAAAUUUAAGCCAAUUAACAAGCAUCAAAUUAAUAUAAUCAUUGUUUAUAGUUGGCAAGAUGGCAAGGAAUUGAAAUAAUAAAGAUAUGAACAACCAAAGGAAGGAAAGCACAAAAUGAUUUUGCCCCCUUUUGGUCCCCAUUAAAUUCAAUUUCAUCCUAUUUUCAGUCACAUAAUCUUCCAUAAAAUAAUAUUACACGUAAAUCAAAAAAUUUUCCCUUUUUCUAAACAACUCAUUUUUCAAAAAAAUACUAUUCCACCCAUUUUCAUUUCAAAGAUUGGGGGGCCAAACGGGGCCUUUAUGUGCUUGGGUGAAGUGGAGUGUGUUCUUAUUUUUUAAAGAGUUGAGUUGAUAAUCGAGCAUUAAAGGGGUUUAACAUGUAAACAUUUUGUGGGAUCCUCGAUAAACACAUUUCAAUAAAGGAAAUCUAAUUAAAGCAAAACUUAAGAAAAUAAAUCCUUGUCUCAUCAUCUUAAGAAAUAAAAAAGAUCUUUAGGUGAAUUAUGUGAUGCCAAUAUUCAAUCCACAAAACUGGCAUAUCAACGUUAUAUAUAGGAAUUCGCUUAAUGACGCUAACCUACUUUGUUUGUCUAUCCAAGGCUUCCCUACCUGAGGACUUUACAUAAUCCACUAUCCUUUUCGAUCGUUAAAACCUACGUAUAUCUUUUGACCAGCUGAGGUCUAGACCAUCAAUAUAAUUCUUUGUUACCAAUGAAGAAUAAUAAGAAAUGUUUGGCUCUCUACUUCAAAUUGACUAUCCCCUUUCAGUCAUAAAGUGGAUAAAGAAUUAUGAACAUCUCUACUUAGGAUGUAUGACAUAUGAACGCUCUCUGUUCCAGAAUAUAUAUAGAAAUUCAAGUUAAUAAGGGUUUUUGGAUGUCAAAUAUGAAUCUCAGAUGUCUCUCUUCAAUUGAUUUUCCACUUAUCACUUAGAUCUCUUGUUCCUUUACUGCACAUAUGAUCAUAAGAAGAAAUAUGAUUUCCAUCCACCAUUCGUUGUUGACCUUUCAUGUCCAAACUUAGCCCUCACCCGAACAAGCAACCUGGUGUAGACCGUAGGCCCCCCAUUUUCAAAAGUUUCAACAAUUCUGCACGUGUGCCAUGCCCAAAAAUUAGAUUUCAACCAAAUGAGCGUCACCACAUGUUGCAAAAUGAACAAGAAGCUCGUCCACCACAUUUCCGCUGCAACCUCUGUAUGAGAGAUGAUUUGCCCU